AUGACGUCGAAUAAUGUUGGUUUAAGAAGUGGUGUCAACGACAAAAAAAAAAAAAAAAAGCAUCAUUCGGCUACUACUAUUACUACUAGUACUAGUACUACUACUAUUACUACUACUACUACAACAACACUACUACUACUACUACUACUGCUAUUACUGCUACUGCUACUGCUAUUACUACUGCUAUUAUUACAACAACAACAACAACAACUAGUACUGCUUUAUUGCAGCUACAAUAACACGAUAAAAUUGAAAGGAUACGACGAUUACCUUAUUGCAACAAUUAUUUAUUUAUUAUUUCAAUAA